GGUCCUAGGUAGUGUGAAACCACCACUGUUGUGUUUCCUUCGGAUUUUAGACAAGGGAUGGGGUUUCAGGGAAGCGUUGGCCGACUCCGAAAUGUUUAUUGUGUGUGAAGACUAAAUAUAACACGAUAAGAGAUACACAGAGGCGAUAUUUUAGUACUGCGAGCAAACAGCACGUAGCUAACUAGCUGUUCCGUCGAGCUAACUAUAAUAGCUAGCGUUAGCUAGCGAGGUAAACAUCCAGCAGUUAGUCGCUAAGGAUAAACUUAAACUGCACACCAGCGGCUCAUUCGCGUGUUGAGCCAAUCAUAUUCCACAAUGGACGUGAAUUUGACCAUUUCUCUGAUGAGGGGUCAGAUGGGGGUGGUGAUUGAGAAGGCCGUGAACGCGGCGGUGGAGACGGUGUUGGGGGAGAUGAUCCGGGUGAUGAGCCUCAAGUUCGAGCAGCUCCGGAGGGAACUGACGGCCAAAGAGAAGGAGAACGAGGACAUCAGGAAGAUGUUGGAGUCCACACGGUGUCAGAUGAAGAUCCUGCGGCAGAAAUAUGUUACUGCACUGAACGCUAAAGACGACAGACAUGCCUUUGCGCCGCACAGACACACACUGGGACAGAUGAACGCAGCCAGACACGCAUCCGGUCAGCUGGACACAGCCAGACACGCAUCCGGUCAGCUGGACACAGCCAGACACGCAUCCGGUCAGCUGGACACAGCCAGACACGCAUCCGGUCAGCUGGACACAGCCAGACACGCUUCCGGUCAGCUGGACACAGCCAGACACGCUUCCGGUCAGCUGGACACAGCCAGACACGCAUCCGGUCAGCUGGACACAGCCAGACACGCAUCCGGUCAGCUGGACACAGCCAGACACGCAUCCGGUCAGCUGGACACAGCCAGACACGCAUCCGGUCAGCUGGACACAGCCAGACACGCAUCCGGUCAGCUGGACACAGCCAGACACGCAUCCGGUCAGCUGGACACAGCCAGACACGCAUCCGGUCAGCUGGACACAGCCAGACACGCAUCCGGUCAGCUGGACACAGCCAGACACGCAUCCGGUCAGCUGGACACAGCCAGAGCCCAUCAGGUCACAGCUGAUCAUGUGGUGCCACCAAGAAGACGGUCCUCAAACACGGGAUCACCCUGUACUGAAACUCUCACACUCGCUCUCAAACCCCGAAACCCUGAACCAUCUCAUAAACCGUCUCAUCAGCCUGUCCCUAAAACUCCUAAAGUGAUCAGUGAAACUGUCCCUAACGAGAGCUACCAAAAUGCUGAAAAGUGCAAUGAGGAGGUGUCAGGAUUAAAAGUGCAUAUGGGAUUGAAAGUGGAGAACUCAAGCAGCACCGUACCAGAGAGUAUGGAUCCUCUAUGGGGUCAGACGACUCAAACGUCCACAGAAGCUGAACAACCAGAGACAGCGGAGCCAAACGUUCUCCCUGCGGCUCAUACAAGCGAGGCGCUGAACCCAGCUGUAGCAGACGGCCAAGAACCUGUUUUGAAGAUCAAACAGGAGGAAGCCGAAGUUGAAAUUGUCGAGGUGAAGGAGGAGCAAACUGAGCCGUCCACUUCGGAGCUUCCUAGGAUCGAGUUACAUCAGCAUGUGGCAGGAGCAGGAAUGGCUAUAGAGCUGCCAGGGACUCAACAGUGUGUACAGGUGCCUUCGGUCUCUGAACCGGCCUUCAUGGGUGUGGACCCAAACACAUAUACGGAGUCUCAGCUGGCUGUGGCAGAUACGCAAAAGCAGAUGCAUCCGUUCUGUAAAGACCUGAUGGUGUACGAGGAUUACAAGCGCAAACGUAUAGAAGUGCGUAAACGCAGCGAGACCCGGCGGCGCGAGCUGGAGCAGACGCUGCCGCAGGCUCUUCUGGCAGACCUGGUGAAGGAGCGCAGGGAAAAGACUCGGCUCCGAGUGGCUCGCUGGAGAGCCAAGCGCAAGCUGCAGGCCUGCCUGAUGGCACAGGCAGCACAGUUUCACAGCACACAGACUCUCUACACUCAGCCCAACGGCAGGAGAAGAGGAGGGGCCGCCCCACAGCAGGGGGGCAUCGGUCUUGGCACGGCUCAGUCUGAGACUGGUGUGUACACCGUACCAUUGCAGAUGGGCACCAGUUCUCUACUAGCAGCACAAAGAAUUGGCAUGACUGAGGGUCAAAUGCAGCCUGGAGCCUCUGUGUUUGUGCAGCAGAGAACUUCAGCAGCUGGAGCCGAGACCUACCAGUGAAACUGUAAAGACUGAUUUGGCGCACUGAUCCAGUAAGAGUGUGCGUUUCUGACCUGCGUAAUCCAAAAAUAGGAUUAUAAAUAGAAUCGUCACUAUGAAAGCAUCAUAAGGUGUACCAUCCAACAAGAAGCCAAUACUGGUUUUAGAUGCUUGAUGGACAUAUGCUUGCAUACAAAAAAGAAAAACUUCUUGUAGCUCCUAAGGAUCCUCAUACCAUGCCAUAUUUUGCUGAUGUUGAAAGGAGCAUGUACAGUGUUUCUUAUCCUAGUACAAUAUGUUCACCAGAGUUCAUUGUGCUUGGACCUGCUACAGUGGAUAUAAAAAGUGUACAGACCCUGUUAAAAUGAUGUAAAAAAUGAGACCACGAUAAAUAAUUUCAAAACUUUUUCCACCGUUAAUGUGACCUAUAACCUGUACAAUUCAAUUGAAAAACAAACAAAUCUGUUCAGGGGGAAAACAUAACAAAAAAAAAAAAAGUACAAUAAGCUGGUUGGAUAAGUGUGCACACCCUUAAACUAAUACUUUGUUGAAGCACCUUGAGAUUUAGGUGGUGUUUACAUUAGACCGUAUCCAUAUCGUUUUCGUUGCAGAUGCACUGUCCGUGCACAUUAAAACGCCGGAAAAUGACUCCACAGGCGGAACAGUUUGAAUCCGCCAGGGCCCACGUAUUCAACCCAGUAUGUAUCUGAUCCGGUGCUGUGUAAACAUUGAGGAACGAGGAUACGCUGUGCUGAGCUCUAGCUGACGUCGUCAUUGGACAACGUCACUGUGACAUCCACCUUCCUGAUUCGCUGGCGUUGGUCAUGUGAAUGAGCAAUACAGGAAGUGUGUUGAGGAAGUCAUUAAGGCUACGUUUACAUUAGACCGUAUCUGUCUCGUUUUCUUCGCGGAUGCACUGUCCGUUUACAUUAAACCACCUGGAAAAGCCGGGAAACGGGAAUCCGCCAGCGUCCACGUAUUCAAUCUAGAUCGUGUCUGGUCCGGUGCUGUGUAAACAUUGAGAUACGCGAAUACGCUGUGCUGAGCUCUAGCUGGCGUCCUCAUUGGACAACGUCACUGUGACAUCCACCUUCCUGAUUCGCUGGCGUUGGUCAUGUGACGCGACUGCUGAAAAACGGUGCGGACUUCCGCCUUGUAUCACCUUUCAUUAAAGAGUAUAAAAGUAUGAAAAUACUGCAAAUACUGAUGCAAAUACUGCCCAUUGUGUAGUUAUGAUUGUCUUUAGGCUUGCCAUCCUUCCACUUGCAAGUAGUAAGUGAUAUGCGCUGGGAUCACACACACAGCGGCUCAGUCCCGAAUCACUGCUAGUGCACUUCACUCGCGCGCUCUGUGAGCUGCGCAGGGCCGGAGUGCGCACCCUCCAGAGGGCACUCGCUGUUCAGGGCAGAGUGAUUUGGAGCGGAGGAUGCCUGCGGAGCCGAGCGUAUCCGUGUAUUGGCGUUGCUGUGUGCACGGCUAACGGUUUUAGUGUAAACACGAACGUUAAUCUGAUGAUCCGCUGAUUCGACGUAAUGUAAACGUAGCCUAAGUGAAUGAGCAAUACAGGAAGUGUGUUGGUUACCGUAGCACUAAAUAGUCUUGUUGUAAUCGCAAAAAACGGCCGUUCUGCGAGGUGAAGAGUGUACCGAACACUGUUAGAUCCUUCUAGCAUAAACACGAUGGCCAUACACGGUGUUAAAAAGGCGUCAUUGUAGUACCAGUACCGCCGAUAACAGACUGGCAUACUUCAUUUUUUACAACGACAUCCUUCCACUUGCAAGUGGUGAGUGACUUGCGCAUGCCCGAUAUGCACUGGGAUCAUGUGACGUGCCGUCUAAUUAGUCAUGUGAUUAGCGUAUCCGUGUAUUGGCGUUGCUGUGUGCACGGGGAACGAUUUUGUUGCGGGCACAGAAAUUUUGUGUGUGUACGCGAAUCGUUUUAAAAACGUUAAUCUGAUGAUCCGCUGAUUCGAAAUAAUGUAAACAGGGCCUUAAUUACAGCAUUCAGUCUUUUUGGGUUCACACCUGCCAUCAGUUAAAAUGAGACUGAUCUUCUCUUUUUUUUUUUUUGCAUCAGAAAAACCUAUCAAUUUAAUGGGGUGUGUACACUUUUUAUAUCCACUGUACAUGACGAAAUCUUCAGACAUCACAUGAAACGCGUGCAUUGGAUUAAGCAAAUGCUGAUAGGACAGAUAUAGGACUGGAUCAUGAGGUUUUAAAUUCAUUGACAAGUUUGAUUGGGAUUUAUUAUAAAUCUUUCUCUUGCAGUACAUUUGUGUGGUUUUAUUGUGUUUUACCGAAACAUUUGUAAUUCAUGUGUCACUGUUUGUGCAUUACAGGCAUUUAACAACCUUUCUUUAUUCCUUACAGUUAAAAUGUUUUUUUUUUUGUCAAUGUGCCUUUAUGACUAAUAUUUGUAAAUCACGUUUGUUCUGACUGGUUGACCAGGUCUCUUACAAUGCGUCAUGUCAUACACUGUGUUGAAUAACGGCCUAAUGAAUACAUCACUGAAGAAACAAAA